AUGAAAAGUUUAAGAGAAUAUUAUGAUAUCGAAUUUCCUGAAGUAGCUGUUUGGCCAAUUGAUACACAGAAUGUGCCGGUCGAUAAUACCCAAAUAUUAAUGGAGCUCAGAGUUUUAACCGAAACUCACUUCAUCAUUUCAAACUCAAAGCAAAUUGGGGAACCAGCCAUCCCUCACCCAGCAAAUCAUAAAGAAGUUCUGCGGAUAUGUGUGCUCCAUCUGCUCAGAAAUAACCUGUACAACAACAUUUUGACUUAUGGCUACCGACUGAACCAUAGCAAUACAGGAAAUACUCUCCGUUGUACUUUUAUAAAUACUAAUACCAACAAGCUGAUGAGCUCUGUCUGGGAAGUCUUACACAACUUGAUUGGAACAGUUGCAUUUGUGCAUAUGCUCAUAAACUGUAGCGUCUACUUUUGUAGUGGGGGAGAAUUCGUCCAAAUCGUCGGUAAUCGGUUGAAUCAGGUCCAUUGCCCACCCUCUUGGUACAUCUCUAAAACGGCUAUUCCCAAAAAGAAUCGGAAGAUUGGUAAUACGUUGUUUCUGUACAGGAUGAAUGAUAAACCGCAUAUACUUCCUAUGUCGGAGCAAAAUGCGCCUAAACUACUAGCAGACUUGAUCUACGAGCAACAUGUGAAGGAACUUCCUAAAAGCCAUUAUAGGAAUAUUAUGACCGUGGUUACUACAUUCUUGAGGAACUAUAAUAAAAACCACCGCUAUUACUCGAUUCUAGAUAAUAUCUGUCCACAUGACAAGAAUGCAGCCCUUGCCGAACAUCUAGCAUUGAGCUCGCCUAAGAAGCAAGUUAUAAAGUUUCUGACUGUUAUCUUGGACAAACUCCUACCUUUGAGUUUUUUUGGGUCUAGAAGAAACAAGUCAAGAAUAUUCUCAGGCGUUGCGGAGCUUGUAAACUUACCAAAGGGGGGUACUCUUACUCUGGAAAGAUUAGUUCGUGGAGUCCGCAUGAGAGAUAUCGAUUAUCUGUUUAAGCCAACGAACACAGCUGAAGCUUUUAUAUUUGCUACUCAGUUGUUUCUACAAUCUAUCUUCUGGUUAUUUCAAUGCUUAAUCCCCAAAAUAAUCUCCUCAUUCUUCUAUUGCACAGAAGUUUCAUCGACAUCAGACUUACAUUUUUUCCGUCAAGAUGUGUGGAGAAGAGUGGUAAGACCAUUUACAACAAGAUACUUUACUGAAUAUUUGGUGGAGAACACUGUCUGUCGUAACCAUAACAGUUAUGUGCUGUCCGACUUUAACCACAGUAGCAUGAGGGUGAUCCCAAAAAAGGCGGCUGGCGAAUUCAGAGUGCUAUCAGUUCCGCGCAAGGGUGCAGAUGCUGAAGAACUCAAGGAAUUUACAAUAAACUACUGGAAGUUUAUCGCACCGACCCAAAGUGUUCUAUUCUAUUUGCGGAAAAAGCGAAUAACUUGUUUCAAAAAAGUUUUCUCGCCUCUACAAAUACCUACAUUGAUCAAGGAUUUCAAAGAACGCCUGUUGAGAAAACACAAAUGUCUCCCCCUGUUGCACUUUAUGAAAUUUGACAUUGCCUCGUGCUACGACUCUGUCCCUCGUAAAAAAGCUCUUGACGUAUUGCAUGGAGCUCUGGAAAAGGAGAACGGGUUUUAUGUUCGAUCGUAUACGUGUUUCAAUUCAAAAUCAAGGAGCGUGAAGAACAGAUUAGUUGUCAAUGGAUCGGAGGCAUUCCUCUCCAGUGAUGUGCUCAUUGAUAAUUGUCGUACAACAUAUUUCACAAAUGCGGAUAUUCUAAAAAUCGUGGAAUUCGAAUUGUAUAAAACAGCAUUGUGGGUGGAUAAUAAGUGCUACUUGAGAAAGGAUGGACUUUUUCAGGGAUCGAGUUUGUCUGCCUUGUUGGUUGAUCUUAUCUAUGAUGAUAUGCUGGAAACCUAUAAAGAGUUUAGGUGCAAACUUAAAGAGGAAAGUUUAAUCGUUCGAAUAGCAGACGAUUUUUUGAUAAUAUCCACAGAUGGUGCACAGAUUAACAAUAUAAAGAAACUGGCACUUGGCGGGUUUACGGAAUAUCAUGCGACUGUCAAAAGAGAAAAAAUUGUUACAAUGGAUUCUCAAUCGCAAACAGAGACUAUAAUACAAUUUUGUGCCAUCCACAUCGAUAUGCAAAAUUUGGAAGUUUGGAAGGAUUCCGCUGCAUUAAAUGUCCCGUUGGUUUCAUCAAACUCAACGAUGCUACUUUAUCAACGGUUGUGUGGCAUCAUGGAAAUGAGAAUGCUUUUUCGAACAUUAGAUGGCCGUUUGAAUUCCCUUGGCACCAUGCAUAAUCAAAUACGUCACUUUGCUGCAAAUUUGGCAGAAAUAUUUGUAAUAGCUUUCCGUGAUAAGGCAGUAGCUAUAACGUCAUUCUCUGCUUUCUUAACGAACGUGGUAAACUCUGUUGUCUUGUUCUCUUGCAGCUUUGAAAUAUCUAGUGGCGAGUAUGCGAGAACUGCCAAAUUCCUAAUUGUAGCCACUUUUCUCAGAGUCCUCAAGCAAUCUCACAACAAGUAUAACCAUCUAAUAACGUUCCUAAAUAACGAGCAAAUGGGCUAUGCUACGUCGGCUUCUAUGUAG